AAGAUUUAAGCUAGGAAAGGGAGGACAAUCUUAUUAGUUAUUUUAAUUUCAGACAGUCAAACCAUCAGACUCGUACUGGAACCCCUGAACACGCCAUCAUUUCAAUCAGAAGCAAUCUUAUAACUUAUCAACUAUUGUACCGCGAAACCCCCUGCAGCUUAUUCUGUUUAUUUUGUGCGCGUGCUUAUGUGAUUCCACUUCCGCUUUUACGUAAUCUCAGCAGACGUCAACGCUAAAGGCGCCAUUCCUGCACAUUCGAUUGUUUAACCUAUCAUCGUCACUGCCACUGCCAGUGUAUCCGUCAAUUUUAUUCGGAGUUACCUGCCAGUCUGCCUCAAUGAUGCUGUCACCGUCAAUACACUGACGGCAACCUUAUUCGAUUUGUCGUCUGCAAGUGACAGAAUUUGUGUUCAAUUUGUUCUGUUUUCCAACACACACUUAAGGCGCAACACAGUUUCAUUGAUACUAUUGGAUGGAUAUUUAAUUCAUUAAUAUUAAAAUCUCCACAGCGAUACGCGUCAACAAACCAAUUAGAAUUUAGAUCGAAAGGUUUAUUGGAGUUAUUCGUAGGUCAAGUUUUAGUCAGAUAUUUUCAAUAGGAACAAAAUUUCAAGCCAAAAUACAAACAUCCAACAAGAUUUUCUAAUAUUUGUAAUAAAAAUCACAAUUUGGUUUAUUUUCAAUUCAUAACAACAUCCUUCUUAAAUCAUUGUCCGCUUUAAUAAUAAUAAUAAAUAAAAUAUCUGCAUAAGCCAAAGUCAUAAAUACAAGUCUUAUUUUUUUUCUUUAAAUAAACUUCCUGUCGAUUGCAAUUUACUGUGGAUGCUGGGAAGAGAAUAUUGUCGUCUGCUAAGGUGAUUUCAUUUUGCUGCUUAUUAGUACGUUCUUCAGUGCUAGAAUAUUAACAGGAUCGGCACUGUGGAAGUGUAAAGGAAAGUGUAGCUAUUUUUCGAAUUAUUUGUUUUCUUCAUUAAUUUAUUUUUGUGUUAGGAGGUCGCCACCAUUACCGCCAAAAUUCUUUUCCCAAGUUUAAUGGAGGAACAGAGGGUUCCUGGGGAUGACAGGGACAAACGGAAAUGCGACGAUUUCGCCAGUUUAUAUUCUAUGGACACUGGUCAUGGGCAUAUUACAUCACAGAGGUCACUCUCUGACCAUGGUCAGGAGGGGGCCUUUAAAAAAAUCAAAGCCGAGGGCGCCAGUCCAGUUCUUUCAAUGUCCUCUGCAACAACAUUAGGCGGCACGUCGCCGGGAUCAGCCUCGGGUCACACGCCGGGUGCCGGAACUUGCCCGACACCUGCCCGAAGGCGGCACCGGACAACAUUUACACAGGAACAACUCAGAGAACUCGAAGCAGCCUUUGCCAAGUCCCACUACCCAGAUAUUUAUUGUAGAGAAGAACUCGCCAGGAUAACAAAAUUAAACGAAGCCAGAAUUCAGGUCUGGUUCCAGAAUCGCCGGGCCAAAUAUCGCAAGCAAGAAAAGCAACUGGCCAAAUCUCUUAGUCCCGUUAUCCCAACAUGCAACGGAAUGAUGAGGAAUAUCUAUCCCACAAACACUAGGGGCUAUCACUACCCCACUUCCGCCAACAUGAACAUGAACAACAUGGCGGCGAGGUACGGAGAGUUUGUAUAUCCACAAAUGAAUUCCACGUACCCACCUUCUAUGGGUGGAAUGCACCAGUUCUCUCACAUGGGUAGCAUGGCAGGGUCCAACAUGGCGGCUACUAUGAGUAUGCCUCGUCAAGUCCAGCAGUUUCCUAUGGCCUCAGACUACGGUCUGGAAUCUCCAGAAGACGAUUGGUACAACAAAAGUCUGACAGCGCUUCGUAUGAACAACUCACACACUGGCUCCUUAUCCAAUCAAAUUCUACCUUAUCAAGCGCAAGUCUAAUUAAACCAAUCGAUGACGUCGACACAAGCAGCAUCGCCAUUUUUUUUUUUUUGUUCGUCCGAUCCACCUCCAAGUCGUGCCACAUAAAAACUAACCGCCGAGGCGAUCGAUUCGGCGUAUGCUAAUGUGAACUUCGGCACAGGAAACUUCUUCCGUGCGGAUCUGUGGCCAGGUUGGCUUCCAGCAAGAAAAUUCUAAUUCUUUUAAAAUAUGGAUUCGUAUUCUACCAUUGGUUCAAGUGAAUCGCCUACACUAUAGACAGUUCAUGUUACUGAAAGUAUACGUCUGUAAAUGACAGUUCUAAUAAUGGUUCUCAGUAGACUACUUGUAGAACUUAUGCAUUCAAUUAUAUUUUAUAUUUAAUUUUUUAUGUUACAUGUUCACUGAAAAUGAUUUUCUGAAUUGCAAUCUCUUGGGUCUGUGAGAGAGAGAGUCACACAAACGCCAUGGAAUGUAGAUUUUAAUAAUAACUCUUGUGUUAUAUGGAAAUGGGUUAAAAGCGCCAAGUCCUAGUAUUUCAAGUUGGAAACACUACUGCUGUUGCCUGUUGCUAGCUCACCUAAUGAUCCUAAUGUGUAUUUUAGCUUUCAAGUCGGACUAUAUUAGACGGACACGCAAGACGAUCAGCAUAUGUCUUUCUACCAGGCUUUCUGUCUCAAGAACAAAAAAAUACACUUUAGACCACGUAUCAGUUACGUUUACAAACUUAGACAAUGUAUUAGUAUCGAUUACAAAAAGAAAUUGUGCAACAUUAGUAACGAUUACAAAUUAGUCCAUAUGUCAGUAACGAUGACAAAUUAGUUCAUAUGUCAGUAAGGAUAACAAAUUAGUCCAUAUGUCAGUAACGAUUACAAAUUAGUCCAUAUGUCGGUGAAGAUUUUAAACCAUGGUUAACUAUGAUUACAAAGACUAUGUUUCAGUAACGAUAACAAAGUCAGACCAUUUAUCAGAAGACCAGCGUUAGGUUAUGUAUAUACUAAAUGUUAGUAAUAAUAACAAGGCUGUCUGCCAGGUCGUGUGGUAUGCCCCUGGACGAUCGUCUCAUGGUUCAAACCCUUCCCACCCACCCCACACCCGCCACACUGCUGUAGGUUUGGGCUAGGUUACAAAAAUCUUUACCUCUGAAGAAACAUCCGAAACCUGUACAAUAAAACAAAAUGUUACUAUCUUCUAAAGUUCAGACGUUCUUCAAAAGAGAAGAUAGGGCCUAAUGACAUUUCAAUUGCGUAAUAUAACUAUUAAUAGAAACUAAAUAGGUUAACAUCAGUAUCGAAAUCUGUCCCUUAGAUGUUCCGCCAUUUUAUUUGUUCUUACCAUAAUGAAGACCUAACUGAAAUGUUUCAAAAGUUGAUAUCAUCAAAUGUACAUUUUUCAUGGUUCAGUCUAUUGGUUUGUCUCCUUCACGUCUGCAAGCGUCACUCUUACAGAAUGAGCAGCAAAUCAGUUUAUAGCAGUUUUAAUUUUGUUUAUAGGCUGGAAAUAAUUGCAACAGAUCUACAAAUAAUUCUUCGUAUGUGUGUGUGUUUCCAUGUAUAUAGAAUAUAUAUAUAUAUAUAAAUACUGAUAUAUAUGUGUAUGCGUGUAUCUGUGUGUAAAUUGGUGUUGAAUCACAUGACUGUAGGCCUAAAUGUUUCGCCAUCUGACCCCAUCCCCGUUUAUUCUUUGUUUGCAUUCCAUUGCAGUU